AUGGAAAUUCAAUAAAUUUUGACAAAAAUGUUCUCCUUUCCACUUUGUAUAGAUCACUUUUUCAUUGUUGAUUAAAAAAAUGAAUUUGAAUGGAAAUUAAUUUAAUCUUUUUCAUACUAGACCAUUAAUCAUUCUAUUCAUGAAUAAUUUGAUCGAUAUUUAAAUUUACAAAUUCUGCCAUAUUAGGCCAUUUAAUAAGUGUUUUAAGAGUUAAAUAAGGUAAAUGAAAUUAUUUAGCUUGUAAUCAAAAUUAGAAAGGACAUUAUUUACACUUAGUAUAAAGAAUCAAACACAAGUAAUUUAUUCUUAAAACUAGAUGACACAUGUUCAAUGUUUGGAACAUAUUAAAACUUAUAAAACUAUCUUAGUAAAUAUUUUGAAACAGAAAUGAAACCGUAAUAUAGGAAGUAUUAGUUAACUAAAUAUGGAAUUAUAGAUUUAUUAGUUUUUAGUUUCUUACAUAAAAGCAGAAGUUUUCAUAGAGUAAUUACAAAAGGAAUAGCUCCUUAAAUAUCAUGUUUGUAUAGUUGGUAUUAGGAAUUUAUUGCAGAAUUUGAAAUCAACAACAAUAUUGAUCCUAAUUAUCUCCCAAGGAAGGAGAAAAGAGUUUAAAUAUAGAAAAACAAAUAGCAAAAAAGUAACCCUGAACUAAUAGAAUCCAUAAAGGAUGACAAACUUAUUAUUUUUAAAGAUCUAAUUGAGAAUGGUGCUUCCAUUUACACUGUAUCUUUAAGAGAUAAGGAGAAAAUGCUUGUUCCUCAUUUAGUGUGUGCAUUUGCAAGAUUAAAUUAUGCAUAAUAUUUAUAAAGUAAAAAUGUGGAUUGGGAAUGUGAAGAUGAUGACAGAAUGACUCCUUUAUUCUAUGCUAUCAGAAGUGAAUCUAUAGAAAUGAUUGAAUAUCUACUUAACCAAAAAGUAAACUUAGAACACAAAGAUAUUUAAGAUAGAACUCCAUUUUAUUAUGCUUGUUCCUUAGGACAAUUAUUUAUUAUUAGGUUCCUUGUGGAAAAAGGAGCUAAUAUAAAUGCUAGAACUGCUUUGGGAAGAACUCCAUUUUCUAAGGCUAGCUUUUUAGGAUUAUAUAAUGUGAUUGAAUUUCUUCUUCAAUAACCAAACAUAGACUUUAAUUAUGCGGAUAAGCAAGGAAGAAAUGCCUUACAUAAUGCAGUUUUUGGCCCUAAAGGAGGUAGAGAUGGAAGAAAGGUUGGCACUUGGUGUUAUGAUAGUCCUUUGAUUGCUUAAUUAUUACUUGAACAUGGAAUGAAUGUGGAAGCAAAAGACAAAGAUGACAAUACGCCAUUACAUGUGGCAGCAUCAAGUGAAGCUUUAAGUUCGAUUCCUGUUCUUAUAGCUUUUGGUUGUGAUAUCAAUAGAAGAAAUAAAUGGGGAGAAACUGCCUUAAUAAUAGCAGCAAAAUUUAAUCAUCAUGAAACUGCUAAAUUAUUGAUUUAAAAUGAAGCCGAUUAUUUCUUAGAAAACGAGGGAUACACAGCAAUGGAAAUUGCUGCAAAAAAUGAUUAGUUUGAAGUAUUUCAAUUUCUGCUAGAUAAAAUGAAACCAAAAUUAUUGUAAUUAGAAAAUUUAAGAAAAUAUAAGUUGCAAUCAGUUCUCUAAUCUUUAAUGAAUAUUACCAAGAGUUUCAAAGCAAAUAAAUAUAUAAGAUAUUUCUUAGAAAAUUUCUAACCAAAUUAUGAUUAGGAACAUGCAGGAUUGAUAAUUGAGAUGCAAGACGGAUAAAUCGAACUUAUGUAAAGUUAUUUAAAAAAUUAAAUUAUCUCAUAAGAAUAAAUAACUAAUGCUUUCGAACUUUGUUUGAAAAGAAAAAACAUGUCAAUUUUCAAAUAAUUAUGCCUUCAUACCUAAAUCCAAUAUACAGUCUGCCUUUAAAAGUCAUUAAUUGUGAUGUUGCUCGAAUCAACAGAAUUAGAUAUAUUACUUUUUUAAUUUAACAUCGAUUGGUUUAACUAUAGAAGCAAAUUGGGUGAAACAUUUUUACAUAAACUUAUAGAGAAGAGAAAGACUGAAUCUCUUUUAAAAAUACUACAUUUAUUUUAAGAAAUAAUUGAUUAAUAGUGUAAAAGCAAAGUUAAAAAUAUCUUUUUAAAUUCUAUUACCUAAAAUGAUAUUUAUAAUUUUUUAAUAUUCUAGAAUUCUGGUGCAUCUACAAUCAUCGAAAUAGCUAUAAUUCAUAAAUUUAUGGAUAUAUAUCAAAUGCUUGACAAUUUUAUUUCAAUGAACUAUGGUUCAAAGUAAGGACUCAAAUUUAAAUUGAUUAAUUAUUCUAUUGAAUUAGAUCAUCUUACGAAGUUACCUCAACUUUAACUCUAAGCUGAGGAAAAUUAUAAAUUUAUCAAAAAGUUUUCAGAAAUAACAUUAUUAACAGAAAAAGAAUUGUAAUUUUUUGAGACAGUCUUAAGAGAACAUAAAUAUGGUAAAAUUAAUUUAUCUUAAUUUUAUUCAUAAAUUUAAUCCUAAAAAUAAGUCAUUGUUGUUGAAUCAGAGGAUCAUCUAUAGUAGUGUUGUAUUGAUAUCAUUCAAAAUUACACUAUUUUGGGAGUUGAUAUUGAGCAUUAUUCUGAUAAAGUAGACGAUUUUAAAAUAUCCUUUGCUUGCACUAUUUAAUUAUCUACUGUAGAAAUGGAUUAUAUAAUAGAUGUUAUGAAAUUGAGGCAUGUUUGUAAUAAGUAUUUAACUCCUAUUUUUGAGAAUUAAAAAUUAUUAAAGAUUUUUCAUGGUUGCGAAGUGGAUUUCAGAGUGCUUUUUAGUGAUUUAAAAAUAAUUGUUAAAAAUAUAUUAGACACUAGCAAAAUUGAUAUGGCUUUAAUUAAAUCACCUAAUGCUUAGUCUUUAGAAAAAUUAUGCAAGCAAUAUUUAAACAUCCAUUUAGACAAGCUUUAUCAAACAUCUGAUUGGAGGAUAAGACCUUUACCGCAAUAAAUGAUCGAAUAUGCAAGACUUGAUUCAGCUAGUUUAUUAUUUUUAUACCCAAUAUUGAUAGAUGAGGUAAUUGUCAAAUAUAUUCUUAAGUGCAGAAAAUCUAAUCUUGUCACCAAAGUUUUCAAUUAGUGCCAAAAAUUGAGUUUGAUAACACAAUAUCCAUUAAUAAAUAUUAUAAAUAAAGAUUGA